AGGCCCCGGGCGGUGGGCGAGGACUCUCCCUCCAACGGGCGAGGACUCCGCCUAGGGCUGAGGAUGCACCCGGCCCUCCCAGGACCUCUCCCCGCCUCCCGGAGAGGAGACCGGCCCCGGGGGGAGGCGGCGGGCAGUGUCCCCGGCCACCCCCGCCCGCGCUGCCCGGCUCCGUGUCUGGGCGCACGCAACAGUCGGUCGUGACACCCGCCGGGCGCUCGGCUCCUCCUUCUGCCGCCGCGCCCCGCUCGGCCUGGGCCAGGCUGUGCCCGCGCUCGCCGGGCUCGGGCGGCUGACGCCUGUCGCCGCCCGCCGAUCGGGCCGAGCGGUCCCCGAGCUCGGUGGGGGGGUGCGGUGGGGGGCCGGGGGCGAGCCUCGGCCCGGAAGCGAGGAGGGAAGGCUGCUUCGGCUCCCGGACCCCGGGUGGGGCCGCCGGGACGCGGGCGAGCCGGGGAUGCGGCGGCCGGACGCAGGUGGGUGUGGCGCGAGCACGCGGCGCCGGGCGCGGCCGCCCGUGGGGGUGCCCCGGGCCCCCGCGCACCGCUGAGAGCCGCCCGUCUCCUUCCAGCCGCGGAUGAGCCGCGGCUCGGCGGCCCCAUGCCCUUCCCGCGCACGCCGCCGCGGGCGGCCGCGCCGAGCCCGGGGGUCCCCGCCGCGCGAGCCCCGCCCCGGAGGCCCGGCGCCCCCCGGAGGGCCGCGGCGCCCGCCCGCGCCCUGCCUGCGCCCUCAGCGCGCCGCCGCCGCCGCCGCCGCCGCGGAGAAGAGGAGGCCCCCAGAGCGGCCCGAGGGGCGGCUGUCCGGCUCCUGGCCCUCGGCCACCCUGAAGAGGCCGCCGGCUCGGCGCGCCCCCGGCCCGGCCCCUCCGCGCGCCCCGGCCCGGCCCGCCCGCCCCGGCCCCGGCCCCGGCCCCGGCCCCGGCCCCGGCCCCGCGGGGGCCGCAGGGCCCGACGCCGCCGUGCGCUUCUCGCUGAGCCUGACCCCCGAGGCCGUCCUGCUCCUCCAGAGGCGCCGCCUGGAGAAGCAGCUGCUGCCGCGGCCCUGCCGGCCGCCGCCCUCGCCCGCGGCCGCCGCCAGGCGCCUGCUCGGGCCCGGGCCCUGCCCCUGCGCGCCGCCCGCGGGCCCCCUGCCGGCCCCCGCCCCGCGCCCCGCGCUGCCCGUGUCGCUGCUCAACGAGAGGCACAGGUACGACGACGUGGAAUACGAGGAGGAGGCGCCGGCGGUGGACGAGGGCCUGGUCCGCAAGUGCACCGAGUGGCUGCGCGGCGUGGAGAAGGCGGCCGCCGCGCGCGACCACGCGGGGCCCCUGGACACGCUGCCGCACCUGAGCACGCUGUGAGCCGGCCUCCCGCCGGCCCCCGCGCCCACGCCCGCGGGCCCCGCCGCCGCCUGCUGGCGCCCGCGAGCGGGACCAGGGCCGCCGCGGCCCCCCUCUGGCUAGUGGACUCGCCGCUCCACCUGGCGGCCCCGUCGGCCUUGCACCGCACACCUCCGGGGCUCCUGGGAGCCUGAAGGGCCGGCGAGAAACAGGCUCGCCAGACCCCCCCCCCCCGCUGCCCGCCUCCUGCCCAGGCUCUCCCCACCCUCAGCCCGGACAGCCCCCUCUCCCCUCCCACACCGUGGACUCUACCCCACGAGCUUGCCUCCUGCAGCAUCCUGGCCGCCUCCUCGCUUCCCACAUGCGCUUGGGGCUCAGCUGGCCGGGGAGUAAGCCUCGGUGAAAAUGCCUCUGGUCCCCACCCCUAAGAUUCUUGUAUGUCCCAGAGACCCUCCGGCUGGGCCAGUGAUCUGUGACUUUCUCGGGUGCCCGGGUCCGAGGAGAGGUGUCGGCGGGCAGGAGCGCAUCCAGCAGGGGGGCUGGCUGUCGCAGAACUGGGCGUGGUGCUGCAUUUAUGACUUUGUUUCUCCAAAAUAGAAAACAUGUCGGGGGAUGGGAAAGCUUGGAAACUCAAGUUAACCGAACUUUCCAACUCGGAGGGGAAGGGUGGGAACCGCGGCAGUGACUCCGGCAGUGACUCCACCGGGCGAGUGAGGCUGGACUGGGAGGGGCUCUGUCCACGCGGAGGCGCCUCCAGGCCCCGGGCCUGCCCGCCGCGCAAGCCUUGCCCGCGCGUUCACACGCACGCUCCCCCACCCAUUCCCACAGCGCUCACUCGCGAACACUUACACUCUCGCUCACACGCUCGCUGCUCCACACUCCUAUACACACAGCCUCACACUCAGUGCUCACACACACGCACACACACCUAUCUCCCUCACACAGCACACGGCUGCGGGGAUGGUUUUGGAAGGCUGGGUGGAGAUGUGAGCAGGAGUGAGGGUCGGCUUCUCCUAAAACUCACUGUUUUUAUUUGAAGUGCUGCUCACAGAGUAACUUCUGUGCUACAGAAGGAAAGGCUGACCACAGGGAGGGGGGAAAUGCGAAGAGCUGGAUGCAGAUGUAGAACAGAAUGUUCCGGGCCAGAGGAGCAGUCUACUGAAGGAAGAAAGUGGGAGUCGCUGGCUGGGGUGUGGGCUAGAUGUGUAUGUUUCCAGUAUUUUUAAUCACUGUGUAAAAAUCAGUAACAUGGAUGUACAGUUGUGUAUAGUGAUUUAAAAAAAAUUCUACUUAUUAUUUGAAUAAAGGGUAAAACUCCUCAGCCUUUUAGGAGCCAGCCAUAGCCUUCCCCGCUAACUCCAGGCUGAUUUCUUGAUAUUUCCUCCACACAUCUGAUUAUAUUUAACUCUAAGGUUGAGAAGGAAAACAAAUGUCAUCAUCAGAUAAGGCUGGGCAUAGCAGAGUAAUCUAUUACCUCAACUCUGACUUAUUUUGUAAGAGUCAAUAAGUAGCUGAAUGUUUAUCAUGUUGGACUUUAAUGUGGUAAGUCUUAAUUACAUCUUACAUCGAAGCCUUACAUUUUUAAAAACCAAUUUUAUAUUUUUCUUGUGAUCUUUGCGCUAGUUUCUCCCUCUCUCUCUCUCUCUUGCUCUCUCUCUCUCUCGGCACAGAUCUAGUCAAACGUGAAGCAUUUAAUUCAGCGGGAGCUAGGUCAGCCAGCAGAUGAGUUGCCAAAACAAAACCCCUUCCACUGAACAGCCUGUGUUGUCUGAAUGCAAAGAGCUCGGUUGUCCUUCAUUUCAAAUGAAUGUACUAAUGCCAGGGUGCGCAGGUGGCAAUCUGGCCGGGGUGGCGUGGAGACGUGUCCCAUGGAUGCUGUGGCAGAGGCGGAGUGCUGGCCCUGGACGGUGCCCGGUGGGCUCGGAGUGAGCUCAGGGUGCAGCGCGCUAACUUGCUCUGUGUGCGCUCAGUGCAGAGACCAGUCACGGAGAGACCGAGCUUUCUGCUCCUUACAGUAACGCUUUAAAGACCCCUAAAGUAAUCGACUUCCGCAAGCAUCUUUCCGUGUCUGCCUGUGUGUGUGUGUCCCGGGUCCUGACGCUGUCACAGCGCGUGGCUCUUUGUGUCCCUUUCACUUCUUUGUCUCUCUCUUCUCCCCCCUCCUUCUCUGGGUCCCCGUCCCCAUCUCUCAACUGGCUGCAGUGGGACACUGAGCUCUUUCUUCCCCGUGGCUUUUGUCGAACAGUUUUUUGUGCCUUGUUCUUUGCUGUAAAGGCAGAUGAGUGGAAUGUUUAUGGUUCUCUGUUUGAUGACCCUCAAUAAAAACAAAAGGUUCUAUACACGA